UCCAACGUAUUGAGAGUAUCUUGAACAUGUGGAUGUAUCGUCAUUUUAUACAGGACCAUCGUUCAAGCGAAUUUUAACACUGAUAUUCUCUACUCAAUAUUAGAUCUUACGGAGAUGUAUUUCUUAGUCCAGGGAUUCUAAAAUAUAAAUCUAAACAGAUUUCCGAGUCCUGUACAAUAAUACAAACCUAGUGUUGGUUUUGAUUCAUUUCUUGGAAAUUUAAAUUUAACUGUUUUUGUGAGAACUGAAUCACCAGGAAACAACUAUUUUAGUGACUGGACUUUAUUAAAAAAGAAAGAAAGAAUACUGUAUUAGCUAUAUCAACGUGAAAAAAGAUAAACACUUGUAAGCGAAACUAUGGAAACACCAGCACCUUCCGAUCCUGAUCUGGUGGAAUCUCAUCAGAAAGAUAAAUCGUCCGGAAGAAGAAAACAUAGCAUCUUUGGUAAUGUUUUGCGUAGAGUUAGUAUUCAUCGUCGCGACUCAGCACCAUCAUCGAGGAUAGGCAUGUUCAUCUUUGGAAGGAAUUCGGAUAGCGAAGACGAUAGUGAUAGCGAUAAUUCUGAUGGUAACGGUACGGCCAAUGGUAACGGGACGAAGGUAGAGAAUGGUCUGGUUGUUGGUAAAAAUGGAACAAAACAUCAUAGUAACAAGAAGGCAGCGCGUCUGGCAGCACGUAAAGUAUUAUUGGACGGGUUGUUUGUUAUAUUAAGUGGUUUGUAUGGUAUACUGAUAGUAGUACUAGGGGCUGUUAUACCACUUACAGAAAUAUUCGUUCAACCAGACAGUGGAUAUGUUUUUGAGGCCUUUUAUCUCUACCUGUAUUUGGUCAGUAUUAUCUUUCUCGUCUACGUCUACCUGUAUCUGUUACGACGUAACCGGCUCAAGACGGAGUUUCUCACACGCACUCUUUCCCGUUCCAUGUCCUGGACUAAAGCAUGGGCUAAAUCCUGGGCCAAGGGAGACAGCGAGUCUACUAAAAGUAAUCGACGUAAACGGCAUAUUUCCAUGGAUACCAACCAUCACACCGGAAGUUUCUAUUUAAGACUGGGGGCAGUCGGUUUUGGUAUUGGUAGUAUGAUUCACUCAGGUCUACAGUUUGGUCAAUAUUUCCAGUUAUAUGAUGGACCCGAAUAUUGUACAAACGUUAUGCAGGCCUUUAAACCCUUUCUGCAUCUACUCUUUACUUUUAUACAAUUGUAUCUUAUAUUCAUGAACUCAAAGAUGUGUAUCCACAGAUACAGAAUACUUGCACGAUUUGGUUUAAUGCACAUGUGUGCGACAAAUAUCUGUGUUUGGUUCAGAAGUAUAGUGGUCGAAACAUUACACGUUAUUCACCAACAUCACAAUUCACAUGACGAACAUCACACAGAACACCCACAUGAGAUAGUCACAAAUGGUCACGUGAUGAAUUAUACUAUUAGUAACGAUUCUCACACGGGCAGACAACUCCAUGCAUUGGCAACUAAUGGUGACGUAGCCGAUAAUAAAUCCUGUCAUUGGUCAGAUAUGAUGGGACAAGCUGUAGAAUCAGCCGGACCAUACUUAUACCCAUGCACUAUAGAAUACAGUUUGAUGUGUGCUGGUAUUCUCUAUAUCAUGUGGAAGAACGUUGGUGAAAAACCAUCAAAAUUUAGAAGCGAUUCUGAGGAGGAUGAUGAUGAUGAUGAAGAUAUGCGAUCACAGAGAAUGAGUGUUGAUUGCGCAGGCUCAAGUCGUGGUCUGUUUCUAGGAAUUCUGCUGACCGUCAGCGCUAUUAUUUCGAUCAUUGCCUUUUAUGUACUAAUAAAUCAAAAAACGCAGACCGUUGACCUGUCCGCCAUUUUUCUUACACAUUUGUCUGAGACCAUUAUAUAUUCAUUGACGACACUGGCGCUCGUAUUAGCUGUCAUGCGCAUGAAGGAUUUGCAUUUCCAUGCUGAGCGGAAGUCUGACCUGGAAGACACUCUAAUACUGAUCUCAUACACAGGAUUACUAGGAUUCGCUACCUUCAGUUUAACAGCUGCCAUUAUGAGAAUAGAGGACAUGCGCAGUUGGUUGACCAUGCUGUCGAACACAUUCAUGGUGAUUCAAGCUACGAUGCAGACGAUAUUCAUUUUAGCCGGAGAUCGACUAUCGGCUGCUUCAUCAGCACAAGAACGGAAGAAACCAGGACGAGAAUUUGUAACAUUUUUGUUGCUAAGCAAUUUUGCAAUGUGGGCACUGAACACGUUUGAAACGCAGACACCACAGCAUAAUCCAAUACAAGUUGAGGUGUACGGCCCGGACGCAUGGGCAAUAUUCACGCACGUGUCUGUACCACUGGGUAUAUAUUUCCGUUUUCAUUCCACCGUAUGUCUUUCAAAUAUAUGGAAAAAUGCUUGGAAAGUUAGAAAACACAUGUAAACUAGAUCAAUGCAAAUCACGUGGACAGUAUGGUGAUUAUAAAAAGGAUAAAGGAUAUGGCGUCAAAUUGAUGCACUUUUAAGUUUUUAUUCGAAAAAAUUUUGGAGUAAAGUGAAUAGCGGAAACUUCGUCAUAUUCUGAGAACUAUAUCGCCUUGUAAGAUGUUUUUACUUCCUAUUUUUGCAUUGAGAGUGCGGAACUUAAGCCUGGAAUAUCAGGCACACAAGAAAUCCCAAUAUGAAGUAUUGUGCACGUACUGUUCGUUUGUUGUUAUUCCAUUUAACUGAAGAGUGGUUCCUUUAAUUAAAGAACAAAUGAAACCGGCACGUCCGUAUCCCCUCUUCUAUUUGAACUGAUUUAUAACAUUCAAUGACUUGAUAUGCUGAGAUUCGGGGAAUUUGAAUGGUUCUUGUUGAAUAUCAUAACAAAACGUCAAAUAUCAUUUGAUUGGUUAACACAAAUGAUUUUAUGAUGGACUGAUCUAAUGAAGAUGGCUUUGUCAUUAUUUGAAACGUUAUCGCACGAACGCUGGAUGGACAAAAAUUAUGUAUGUGUGUUGGACAAACUGUACUGUUGUAAAUUUUUAAAUUUGAAUUAAAGAUACAUUAUGGGAGAUACGAUAAGGAGCUGGCAUUUUUCACUAUAAUAGUUAAAAACUAGAUAAUGUAAAGGCAAUUUGGUGAAAAUUUCAGACAAAUUGAUCCACUAUGAACCGAGAAUUAAGCGAUUGAAAUUUCGGCCUAGUCUCGGUCAUCAUUACUAAAGUCUGUACGAUAAUAAACAUAGCCUCGAUCAUCCAUUUCAUGAUUAAAUUAUGAAUGGAAGUCGAGCAGCAAAUGGGAUCAUAAUCCAGUAAAUAUCGCAGGCUAGCGAUGUCACCCAGAGUUGAUUAUGGUCUGUAUAAGUUAAUUAAUGUCUAGUUAAUAAUUUAGAUAACAUUUCAGGCCUAAAGAAAGACCUGCAAUUGGCAUAUUUAGCUCUUGCAUAAUGUAUGUUUAAUUCGUUUAAAGGUUAAACUCACUUUGUUAACCAAAUUGGCUAGCCUCUAUUGCCCCUGUCAAAAUUGUCCCGGCGUAGACUACAAUCAAAUAUUGCUUUGACCAAAAACGUUGUAAUUAGAGAGUGGAAAUUUAUGUGCGGCUUCCGUUUGGUUGAGGACAUUCACCUUGGGUUUGAAGACCAAUAUCAAACUGAUCAGCAGUAAAUAUUCGAUUGACCGUCAAUGUCAUUGAUAGGGGUGACAUCACCGGGGCAAGUUAUUUAUCUCCCAAUAUUAAUUAUUUUCUUCUGCAAAUCACAUUCUAAAGAAUAGUUUUAAUUGCUAGGGACAGUAAAGGUAUUUGAAGAAUUUAUAGAUAAAAUAUUUGUUAUUUAGAGUGAAUGUAUGCGGAAGCGUAAUGAGUAAAAGUCGCAAAUUCUCCCCGAACCAGUUUGUAGUACUACACCCGAUGUAAACAACGCACGUGUUAUUGGCGUCAUAUGAUGUGACGUCACACAUAGAACUUUACCGGGCGUGACCUUAAAGGUCAGCCAUCUUGUACAGUAUUUAAAGAAGGCUUUUUUCGCAUUACGGCUGUGAAACAGUUUGGACCAAUAUUCGUUGCAGUUGCAGCGAAGAGGACUUCGUUUGAGGCGAUUGAGAUUACCAAAAUUAGCAUAAUAUUGAACAUUGUAUUUAUAUUAUAUGAUAAUGUUGAUUGUUUUUGUCUAUAAAUAAAUAGGCCCUACUAACGCCCCGUCGGAUAAACAUAUUAAUAGCUAAUAAAUUUUUCAUUAUGUCCUGCAGUUACCGUCGAGUUGGUGGCGUGACAAGUGUAACUUAGGCCACCAUUUAAAAAUUUUAAAACUGGUUACUCACAAAAAUCGUAACAUUAAACUGAGGAGACCUUUUUUAUUAGGGUUUAAAGAAGGGUGUUGACUUCUAUUAAUAGCUGGAGACAACAAAAAUCGAAAGUAUGACGGCAAUUUCUGGACCGGAACUGUGCCGGAAUUGUGGGGUUGGGCGCGCUUCGUAAAAAGGCCCAAUGCACCUUCAAUUCAUGCACGAUCAACAUGGAACUUACCUGUUCCUUGGACAGUGGCACAUCGCUUAACAGACUUUUGACUUUUAAUAUGACAACAUAAAUCCAUGAUGUCUGCAACGACGUUAAACUCAGCUCCAGGUUAUUGUACAGCUGUUGUACUUGUCAUAAGUCAGAUUCAUCCUGGCAUGAUGUGAUGGUUUAUCAAAAAAGCUCGCCCCUAAGUUCACCAGUCACCAUGACGUUGACAACUUUUCACAGAGUUUCAGAUAUAUUCCAGUGAAUAAAAGUGGUUCAUGUUAAUCUCAAGUACACUAACUGAAUCUUUGUGAAAAGUUGUCAACGUCAUGGUGACAUAAUACCUAUAAAUAUACGCAGGGGCGACGGAAAGGUGUGAGGGCCAGGUUACCAAAAGAUAAGGGGGGUGGGGGCGUCCAGGGGUUCUCUCCUCCCGACCUCUAGAAAAUUUUGAAAUUUGUCAAUUCCAAGAACGCUGUUUAGAGCGCCUCUAGCAUUCCAAAUUCCACCAAAAAAAAAUAAUAAAAAAAAAACCCUUUAAAAUAAAGAUAAUGAAAGAGACAAAAGCCUGAAUAUUCACAAUUUUCGUAUCAUGAAAACUUUCAUCAUUAGGGCAUGGGUAUACAUGUAUACCCAAGAAAAGGGCAGGGUACCAUUUGUGUACCCGGGUUCCGGCGCCCCUGAAUAUACAUAUAAAUUGUGAUCUCCAUAAUCGUUGUAGUCAGCAAUAUGUAUUUUCUUUUUUUAUGCUGUCAGACAUAACAAGACUAUUUUUGUUUAAAUUAUCUAAUAUCUGUAAAUAAGUGUUGUUUUAAAACUGAUUUGUCCAAGUAUUUCCAAAGAAAAAAACAAGAAAACAAUUUUAAAAAAAAGAAAAUAAAAAAAUAUAUUGAAUAUUGCGUAUAUUUAGCAUUUAUUAAAAAGGCGUA